AUGUCGUUCAUGCCAUCAUCGCCAUCUCUGUCUUCUACACUCUCUGUUUCUCCUUCUCCUUCUCGUUGUCCGUCUCCAGCGCCGUCUGCUGACUUCUCUCCCAAUAUCAGCAAGCGCGAAUAUCUCCUGGCACAAAUCAGGCAAAAGGACUCGAUCAUCGACUCCCUCCUCAAGCAGCUGCACAACCCGUACAUUGCGACCCCCUUGUCGAUCGCAUCAUACCGUAUGGCUACUUCACCCUCUGACAGCAACAACAGGAAUGUUCUCGCCUGGCUAGACCGCCUCCAGUCAAGCGUCCGAGAUGCAGGGAAGCCUGCCGGGCCCCGGGCCUUUUCCAACCCUCGUGAUAGAGCCGAUGAGGAAUCCGAUGUAGAUUCCGAAGGCAAGCGAACCCACGCCGCCACCAUACUCGGCGGGCUGAGAGAUGACCCAGAAGACACUUUCGCUGAAGCUCCAGCUGAUGCGUCGGAGAAGCUUCAGUCCUCGCUGCCAGAGUCGCAUGUGCCCCUUGGGCUUAUCGCAGACCUCAGUUUGAGCAACACAAAGUCAAAGAAAAAGCGCGAUCAGACCAAAGAUUUGGGUCUCAAUGAGGAAGACCUUAACGAUGACAAUGUUGGUGUGGCCAAUGAGACAUACUUCAUGCCAGGGCCCGCUACGGAUCUUGACAUGCGUGCAUCGUUAAUUGAACAACACAGCGCACCGGAGAUUUUGGUCCACAACCUCGUCAACCCUGAGGACGUCGAGAAACUCUUCGAAAUGUACUAUGUCGAGAAAUCCGAAAUCUAUCCUAUCGCCAUGCAUUUCGCAAAGCACUCCGCUGCGAACGCCCUCAUUGACGGGUGGAAGUCUGUUGAGCUGUGCCAGGCGUACAUUCUUAUGAGCGUAUACGCCGUGCCUGCCCGCAGAUGGGAAGAGGACAGAAGCUGGCUGUACACAGGUCUCGCAAUUAGAAUUGCAACUGAUCUUAAUUUGCACCAAGUACCGAACACGAAGCCGCACUCUGAGACUCAGGAACGAGAGAUCCUGAAUAAGACGCGGGUCUGGAUGAUUUGCUUCAACCUCGAUAGGUCAACGGCUACGCAGCUUGGUAAACCAUCAACGCUGAAGGAAGAUUUCAUCGUCCGCAAUGCACCUGACUGGUACAAGAAGUCGCAGUAUAAUCUCAAGUAUGAUGUGCAUCUUUGUGGGUACUCUGCCCUGCUCCAAAUCGUGGCCAAGUUCCACGACGAGGUCUUCAGCGACCCAUCGUCGCCGACCGGUCUCAAUAAAAAAGUCGACUUCCGCAGCGUAACGCUCAAGCACGAUACGCGUCUGAAAGCGUACAAUGAAGAAUGGUCUAAACGCUUCAAAGAGGACUCGGAUGUCAAUGACCCUACUUGCGCCCUUCGGUGCUCACUGCUUCCUUUCCUUGUUGGAUACUCACGACUCGUGAUGUUCUCCUUCGGCUUCCAACAAGCGUACCAACGAGGGUUUGAAAACGAGGACCGCAUGUUUUUCACUACGUGCCUUGACUCUGCGAAAGCAGUUAUUGAGAACAUGAUCGACGGCUUGGCCCCAACUGGAUUCAUGCGCUAUGCCCCAGAUGGUCACUUCGUGUUUGCUUCAUUUGCCUCAGCCUUCUUGCUUAAGCUGCUUCGACCCGAAUUCUCGGCGUUCCUCGAGAAGGAACAAGAGAACGAAAUUUUCGACUUGAUUGGCCGCUUAAUCCAAACGCUGAGUUCUCCAAAAAUCGCGAUCGACGACAGGCAUACCCCUAAGCUGUACGCUCGUUUCCUCGCCGGACUGCUUUCACGCCAUCGCCGUGAUGGUGCAACCCUCGGACGUCUCCAGACCGUCGUCCCACCGCAGAGUCAAAUGGCCGGAUCCGAGAACCAGGGAAUGUCGUCAAUGAGUCUGGCAUCAAUGAUGUCUACCAGUCACUCAUCCGACGCUGAUCAAGGUGGUCAGACAUUCACGCAUGCGCCGAGUCAGGCCAUGGAGACCCCUAUCUACAUGCCUGAGGCGACUUUCGCCACUAGCACAGGGCAGAUUCAUUUCGGUGCUGAUUUCGAUAUGACGUACGGAGGUGUGUUCUCCGAUGAGGAAAUGCUUGCGACGAUGCAGGCAAUCAAGAAUCCUGCCUGGUGGCAGAACAUGAUGAUGCCUGGAUUCUCGUGGCCAGAAGGAUCUCCAUCACCCCCUGCCAUCCCUAACGCUAACUUAAGCCCUCUUCCAUAUCUUGGACACAUGCAGGCCCCGUCUUAUGGAAUAUUCCACGCUGCACAACCACAAGUUAUGAUGUCGUAG